UACCCAACAGGAGACAUAAAUUGAAAAUUCUCUUACCUUUCUGACUCUCUUUCUCUGUUCCACAGAUUUUUCAUCUUCCCGAUUAGGGUUCUCUCUCUUGCUGGUUCUUUUACUUCUUGCUUUGACUGGCUUAAUGCUUUUUCGAUUUCUGCUGUCUUGAUCAUUUAAGAUGGUUGAGUUGGUGAUUUUGAAUUUCUCAAGUCAUUGGUGAAGUUAAGAUGUUUGACUGGUAUAGAAUUUGGGAUCUCCAGACUACUUCUCGUUAUAGAUGAAACAUUUAUGCUUGGAUAUGUAGCCAUGAAAGAUUAUGAUGUUUAAUUGAUCAAGCGAUUUUCCUCAUAUUGUAUUUGCCUUUUUGAAUUACAUUUGCAUCGCAAAUGGAUGACGGUGGGCAUCGUGAAAACGGGAGACACAAAGCAGAGCAGUAUAAGGCAGCUCAGGGCCAGUGGUUUGUGCAUCAUCAACCAACAAUGAAACAGAUAAUGGCUAUUAUGGCUGAGAGAGAUGCAGCCAUACAAGAAAGAAAUUUAGCUCUUUCUGAGAAAAAGGCAGCCAUUGCAGAACGAGACAUGGCAUUCCUGCAGCGAGAUACGGCUAUAGCUGAACGUAACAAUGCUAUUUUGGAACGAGACAAUGCCUUUGCAAGUCUUCAGUCUCGAGAAAAUUGCCUGGCCAGUGGUAGUAUGUCUUCAUGUCCACCAGGAUGCCAAAUUGGUCGUGGGGUGAAGCACGUACACCAACCGCAGCAGCAUGUACAUAAUCUGCCCCACAUGACUGAAGCUGCAUAUGGUACAAGGGAGAUGCAUUCAAGUGAUGGAAUCCUCAUGUCUCCUGGUGCUAAUGAGACUGGAAAGCCACGACGGGGUAAACGAGCAAAGGAGGCCAGGGUGAAAUCACCUAGUAAGAAGACAUCAAAAUCUCCACGGAAGAUUAAGCAGGAAACUGAAGACCUAAAUAAGAUUGUGUUUGGGAAGCCUCAAGAGUGGAAAAGUGUGCAAGAUUUGGAUGGUGCAGGUGAUGAUCUUAAUAAACAUUUGACAUCAUCGAAGUCUGAUUGGAAAGGUCAGGUCCUGGGAUUGAACCAAGUUACAUUUGAUGAUUCAACCAUGCCAGCACCUGUAUGCUCGUGCACUGGGACACUAAGACAGUGUUACAAGUGGGGAAGUGGGGGUUGGCAGUCUGCAUGUUGCACAACCUCCCUGUCCAUGUACCCACUACCGACAGUGCCUAACAAACGGCAUGCCCGAAUAGGUGGCCGGAAGAUGAGUGGAAGUGCAUUUAACAAGCUGCUUAGCCGGCUAGCUGCAGAAGGCCACGAUCUGUCAAGUCCAAUUGAUCUGAAGGAUCAUUGGGCCAAGCAUGGAACAAAUCGCUACAUCACAAUCAAGUAGAUAUUAAGAAAAUUUCACUUUGAUUGAGGAAGAGGGGAACAUAGAAUCAGCCUGUGAUGGUCGGCCAUGGUUUUUCCUACAAGCUAUGGCGGUAAGGUAAUAAAAAAAAAAAUUGAUGUAGCUAAAAUGUGAAUUACUGGGUCAAGGAUGGGAGGGAAUUUAUUAAGAUGGAUGAGUGGCCUGUCUCACUUUCCAAUUUCUUUUUAAUCUUUUGUCAUCAUUUUGUUGUCCCAGGAUAGAUAUAAGCCAUGGUUAUAAUGAGAAUGGAGGAUCGUUUCUCAUUGGCUAGGUUAAUAUUAGUCAGCUCCAGUUAAUCCACCUUGGUAGCUCCGGAUAAUUGUAGAGGGUUGUAUUGUAUCUCCACGUCUUCUUGUACUUGUAUGAAUAUAAGUGUUAGUUUAAAGUAGAACCAAUUACGUAAA